AUGACAACGACACGCCUUCUUUGCUCGGAACUAUUCCUCUUCACACCGACCUCGAUCAUAUCAUCAUGUCUAAUUUUAACCGAUUCGAAAUGCAAGACAAAUAUCCCAACCCGGACGAUCAAUGUCGUUCAUUCAGUUGGGAUGCAUUUUACGACGAUCAAUCAAAGCAGUAUAGGAACCCCAACACAUCUGGACGCUACCAAACGAAACUCCCUGAUACAGGUUGCCAACUCCCUGUCGGUCUUAGGACUCUCCCAACCUGAGGAGGAAAGCAUCGUAUACAAGUUGGCAUCGAUGUCGAGGGGAGAGAUACCUGCGCCAGAGGCCGGGUGGUGGAAUAGGGUCACCAAUGUCAUAAGUGGUCGAGGUACUAGCAGUCCAAAAAUGAUCUUAACAGAGGAACAAUUGGACACAAUCUCUCGAAAGGCCGGAUUAGCAACUCAAAUCAGAACUGUUAAAGGGGUUUUGGAGGCUUAUAGAGAUAUUGUGAUAGCUAGUCGCGAUUCGUCUUCGAUGGUUUGA